AUGGGGACUCCACACUGGGUAUCGAUGUUUGACGACCCUCGGAAGUACCCAGACUCUCCUUUUGUAUCUGACGCUUGUCUCAGUUCAAUUCAGGAAUCGCGUUGCGGAGAAUGGGUGCAAGAUGUCCGCAGAAUAUCCAAGGAAAGUCUUAUGAGUAGGCCAUUGCCGGAUAUUCCGAAGACCUCACCCGUCCUCUCCCGGCACCGAAAUAUCUCACCCGUCACUAGCUAUGACAACAAAUGUUACCAUGACAAUCCAAAAGAAAUCCACCGGAUGAAAUCUACCGAUGACACAAACAAACGAAGGAGAAGUAAACGUCAUACCAACGACACAUCAAGCAGACGAGAAACCAAAAAUGAUUUGAGGGAAACAUCUGUGACUUUGACACUUUCAGUUAAAAACGGUAGUAAAAAACAUAGAUAUCGAGACGAGUAUGUCGGUAUGAACAAUGUGAACCAUUCUGAGGUAUCAACUGUCUUAAAUCAUAAACCAGGAUCCGGAGAUUCAUUCUCACGGAAAGAAUCCGAAAAUUCUGGAACGGAACUUGUUAGUCAGUUGUCCAGAAAGAAGAGAAGACGGAAUGUAUGUAUUGUACCGAUGUUGAUAAUGACAGUGUUGAUAAUAGGAGGAUUAUUUACGGCCAUAGCUGUGGUGUUCAUGCGUCCUUUAGAAGAAGAAACCGAAACUAACGAAUCAGGCUACGAAAUGGUCAUUGCAAGCGUACAACUGCGGUUACUUAAUAAGACGUUUAAUAAAGAGAUGAGACACCGAAACACUAAGAAAUAUGCAGAGAUAGAGGAGCCUCUUUGUCAUGAGAUGGACGGAUUGUUUCUAUUUAGCGAAUAUUCAGGAAGUUACUACGGAUGCAAAGUUCAAAUGUUAAGAUCAGGCAGCAUCCACGUACUAGAAGAGUUAAUUUUUAGAGAAACACAAGAACUUAGGAAGCCAUCUUCAAUACAGGGCCUCAUUAAGACGUCCUCGCCGUCUUUUGAUUGGAAAGGAGUGCGAGUAAUUAAUGUUGGCGAUUUUGUCGUGGACUAUGAAAGUAUUAAAGUGCAGAUCGACACGCAACACUUCCAAGAACUACCAAAGAGACCUCUGCUGAGUGUAGCCAAAGUGUUCAAUGAUGUGUCCUCAACCACAACCUUUACCCCAUUGUCAACAAAGAGGAUACUAGAAAGUCCGAAACUAUGGAAAUGGGGCAGAACAACGGUCGCCACGACAACAACAAGAAAGUCUGCAGCAAAACCUACAACCAUGACAUCUGCGUUUGUACCAAGUCGAAGACAAAAUCCAACAACGAAAGCACAAAAUCCUGCCCGAGGAAAAACAACGCAGCCUGACAAAUUUGAACCAUCUACAUUGUCAACAACAACAUCUACAACAAUGGAAACACCACCCACUGAAGCUUCCUUGUCGCCUGUUACGUCACAGUACCCUGUCACCACAGACCCUUUUACGUCUACUACAGAAAGGUGUAAUGACUUGAAUGUUUCAGCAGAAACACAAUUCGAAGAGGAAGGCUUUUCAACGACGAUGCACAUGCCAUCAAGUAGUGGAGGUCCAUCUAUCAGCAUGUCGAAUGCGGGAUCACCCAUUGCUGGUGGUUCAGUGGUUGUACAAUGUGUACAUCAGAAUCUGGCCGGAUGGACUCACCUCACUGUUACACAUGAGGGGAAAGGGUCAGGAAUUAUUAGAGUGUUAAACGUAUCCUCUGACGGUCGACCAGAUCCACCAGACGGCAAGUACACAGACAGACUGAUUGUUCAGCUCAAAAUUAGCGAAACCUCGGCCAGUGUUUCUCUUAACUUUACUAAAAUUGACUGCACAGAUGAGGGAUCCUAUGUCUGCAGCGCAUAUAGUCCUAAAAGGACUCUGACCGAAAGAGGAUACUUGUAUAUUAGAGCCUCUCCUACCAAACCAGAAGUAACAAUGCCAUUGGAAAUAGUUGACCAGCGUGAAAUAAAGAAACCGAUAAAAUGUACAGCCAAUGUAGGAUAUCCUGUUGGAACGCUAAAAUGGUCGGUUAAACCCCAUGGACAACCUGAAUUUAUUCCUUUGGAUGUGUCAAACAUAAAAUAUUCUGGAGAAUGUAAAAAUAUUGCCACAAGUGUUUUCAAACUCAUACCAGCGAUGGCGGGAAAUGGAACAAUACUUAAGUGUGAGAUUGUCAAUCAAUAUUUCCCGAAGGCAAAACAGCUUUCGACUUCAAGGAUUUGGAAGGUCAUUCCAGCUGGUUUGUGUCUUGGAAAGCUUGACAACCAUAAAACCCGCCAUCCAUACCGCUGUGAUCAUUACAUCAGUUGUACUAACAAUACGGUUCACGUUGUCAAGUGUAAAAACAACCUUUGUUUCAAUACAGAGACUAACACUUGUGGUGAAUCAGGUAUAGUGAUGAAAGAUGUAGUGGCAUACAUGAAUGAAGGCGUGACGUCACUGAUGUGCCGCGUGCAACAUCUUGGUAAUUGGGAUGCAAUACGAAUUCGGAAGAUUCUACCAUCUGGAGACAGGGUUCCUGUUGUUGUUGCAUCCAACGAAACAAAUGUAACGAUUCAAGAUCCAAAUAUGCAGGGACGGCUGUUUGCGGAUAUCCAGACGACAAAAUAUGAAGCCAAUCUAAAAUUAUGGAUUUACACAUUACAGUGUGCUGAUGCAGGAAUUUAUGUUUGCGAAGUGGAUACUGAUUACGAUUUACCCGAAUCACAGGCACAGCUGUCUUUGAAAGUGAAGCCAAAACCACCACAGAUUUCGAGUCCCAUAGAAAUAAUAGAGGGGAAGCGACUCCGUCAAACAUUUUCUUGUCAAGGAGAGGUAGGAUACCCAAACGGUGACUUACGAUGGGAGGUGAAGUAUAAGGACCAGAUCAAAUUUUCAAAAGUCUCCUCAACAGUGUUCAACGACACGCAAACAAAAUCUAUCAUGGGGAACUGUUCAAAAACCAUCCGACGUGAACUGUCCUUCAUACCUUCUAAGCAACAAGACCAAAUGGUAUUAAGAUGUGUUGUGCAAAAUGAUGAUACCUUACCAGAAGGACAAACAUUGUGGGAUUCAUUCACAGUUCAUGUAAUUCCAGCAAACUUUUGUAGUUCAGUCAAUUCAACAUACUUGAUCCAUCCACACAACUGUCGGCAGUAUAUACAGUGUGCACAGGGGUAUGUGUAUGUCCGGCAGUGUAGCAUCGGUCUCUGCUUUAAUCCAGACACACAACAGUGUGACAUCCCGGAACCAAUAGAAUCUACAGUCUUUGAUCCUGAGUUCCCUUGCCGACCGAACAAAAACGGUGUGUAUUACCCACAUGCUUUCCUUUGUAACAAGUACACGUGGUGCGUCCAAGGAAAAGGAAUUCUCCAGCACUGUCCGUUAGGAACCCUCUACCUAGCGGACGGUCAAUGUACAUUCAACACAGAACAGUCACUUUGCUACAACAAGGACCAGGACUUAUGA